CUCUCUAGAAACUCUCUCUCCCUCACUUGUUCUUUAUAUCUUUCUUCACUUCUGCAACUUUGCAGUUCAUCUCUAAUCUCAAGUUUGCAACCUUCACCCACAAGAAAACAAGAAGAAGAAGAAGACCAAAUCACCGGAAUUUGAUCGGAAACUCUGGUUUAUUUGCCAAGUCAACGAGGUCUUAAAGAAGAGAAGAAAUGGAACGGACAGUGACAUAUGAAAGCGAUCUCAACCUCAAGGCUACGGAGUUGAGAUUAGGGUUACCGGGGACGGGUGAUUCGGUGAAAGAGAAACCCACAAUUCCUGUUGCAGUGAAGAGCAACAAGAGAGCUUUGGAUGACUCAACGGAUGAGUCUAAGAGUGCUUCUGAUGCCACAGAUGGUGAUUGUGGAACUGCUCCGGCGGCUAAGGCACAAGUAGUUGGGUGGCCACCAAUCCGAUCAUACAGGAAGAACAAUUUUCAACCCAAGAAGACAGAGGCUGAAGCUGCUGGGAUCUAUGUGAAAGUAAGCAUGGAUGGAGCUCCUUAUCUCAGAAAGAUUGAUCUCAAGUUCUACAAGGGAUACCCAGAGCUCCUCAAGGCCUUAGAGGACAUGUUCAAGUUUAAGAUAGGUGAGUACUCAGAAAGGGAAGGAUACAAUGGUUCAGAGUAUGCACCUACUUAUGAAGACAAAGAUGGUGACUGGAUGUUGGUUGGAGAUGUUCCAUGGAAUAUGUUCAUCUGCUCCUGCAAGAGACUUAGAAUCAUGAAAGGAUCAGAGGCCAGAGGCUUGGGUUGUGCAUAAGGCCCCAAAGCCAACCAAACCUAACCCAAAAGAGAUGGGCAGAAGAGAUCAACACUUGUACAUCUCAUACCAACACAAACAUAUCUUUUUGCUUGGGUUCUUCAAGGCUUGAACUGGAUUUGGGUCUCAGGUCUAGCAAUAGUGCUUUCUGGAGAUGGGUUGAGAGGUGCCAAGAGAUAAAAGGGGGGAGGAAAAGGAAAAAAGAAAAGAAAAAAGAAAUUGGGAAAAGAUUGUCAGGCCACACUUUUUAUUGAUUUUGAUAUCAUCGGAGUUCCUCAGCAAGGUCCAUGCUUGGCUUAAUUUGAGCCUUUGUGAUGUUCUUGUCUUGUAUUAAUAAUCCUAUGGAAAGUAGAACCGCAUAUAGAGAUAGAGAUGUUUGCUUCCUAUCCGAUUGUAUAGAACAACACAAGAUUUUAUAUAUUUCUCACAAGUUUUUGUUAUUGUAUUUUAUCUAGAAGGAAAUUAUGAGCUUGAAAAAUAGAAGAAAAUAAUAUACAAUACAUUUGGGUUAUGUUUUCAUCUGCA